AUGGCUGACAACUUGGACGACGGCGAGUUUUGGCUUCCUCCCCAGUUUCUUACCGACGACGACACGUCGUUCAACAUCCACCACAACCUCAACCGCAACAACAAUAACGUCAAAAGCGACGACGUUUCACGGACUCUGUUCCCCUACCUCAGUUCCUCCAGCGAGACUGAGAGUGACGAAGAAGAUCACCUCGCUGAGUUGACUCGCCGAGUCGCUCUGGAACUCGAUCUCCACUCUGCAAAACCCAAGGUUGGAUUUGGGAGUGGCUCGCCUCAGUCAACGCUGUGUGCGGUCGGGAGCAGUGGGAAGGGGUCGAGUCCGAACGGCGCCGUUUCACAGGUGAACGUGCAGCGGGAGACGUGGGAUCUGCUGCGCGCUGCUGCAGGGGAAGUUGAGAGGAUGUGCCUCAGCGAAAACGACCGUUACGGAUACAGCUUUCUCCUUAACGCGCCGGCGGUGCCGGCGGCACAUUCUCCGGGUUUGGGUUUUGCUGCGCCAAGCGGCGUUAACACUGACGCAGUUGGGUUAGGGUUUUACAAUCAGCAGCAGUUGCAGAUUGCGCAAAUUUUGAGGCAGCAACAGUUGGCGAAGCAGCAGCAACAGAGGCAAAUGGUCCCCAACAGUGGAAGGAAUAACAGCAACAACGUUAGGGGUGGCAACAUGGGUCUGUGUAUGGGUUUGUCUUCUUCUGCAUGGCCUCGUGGCUCUGGUGGCAUGAGGGCUGUUUUCCUGGCUGGGAAAAGGGAAAGCACUGGAACUGGCGUGUUCUUGCCUCGCAGUGUUGAUACUCGCAUCGAGCCUCGGAAAAAGCCAGCGUGUAACACUGCGUUGGUGCCGGAUAGAGUGGCAAAAGCGUUGAAUCUGAAUCUGGAGGGUGUGGUGGGUGGCAAGGUGCAACACAAGCCUCGUUUCAAUGGUGAAAACGGAUCAACGGUUUCAAAGGGUCGAAGUAAUCAUCAUCAUCAUAAUCAGAAGCGUAACAACAACCAAAAGCCACAACAGACACAAGCAUUGAACAACCAUGAGAUCCAGUUACCCAAGGAAUGGACCUAUUGA